CUCCAGGAGUCCGAACACCAGCAGUGGACCAAGGCCUUGCAGCUGCCUACAGCCAUGUUGGCCCUCAACCUGCUCAUACUAGGUCUGCUCUCUGCAGUGGCACCUGCCAGCUGUCAACAAGGUCGGGGGAACCUCCAGCCCUGGAUGCAGGGCCUUAUUGCGGUGGCCGUGUUCCUGGUCCUUGUUGCAAUCGCCUUUGCUGUUAACCACUUCUGGUGCCAGGAAGAGCCGGAACCUGGGAGCAUGGUCAUGAUCGUUGGAAACAAGGCAGAUGGGGUCCUGGUGGGAAUGGACGGCAGAUAUUCCUCAAUGGCGUCUGGUUUUAGGUCCAGUGAGCACAAGAAUGCCUUCGAGAAUGUUCUGGAGGAAGAGGGCAGGGUCCACAGCACACCCAUGUGACAAGCUCAUUGAUGGCCCCAGUCCCCAGGCUAUAGGGCACAUAGAGUUGAUGCCCACCACUUCACCCAGUCACUGUUCUGCAGUAAUCUAUUAACAAAAGCUGGCCCUCUCAGCUCUUUUGAAUCACAGCCAUCUCAGCCUAGGGCUGAGGCCAAGCUGAGCACAGGAUGUGAUGUGGCCCUGUGGUCUUCCUGGGGUCUUCCACCCAAUUCUGAGGAGCCUUAUAAAGAGACACCCAGCUCAGCCCUUACCCUUUCAAC